UUACAUUGUUGUCAUUCUCAUCCAAUUCAAAACAAACAAUUUCGAAGAAAAUUUAUUAAAAAUUUCAAUUUAAAGGCUUAAAUUAACCCGAUACAUUCAUGAAAAUGACGGCAAAGUCAACCACUAACAGCAGCGUCAUGGACAGUCGCAAAGAACUGUCCGAGCUGAUAAAGAGAAAGGCUGAAAUUUCGGCUGAUCUUGAGUCACUGGAGCGGCAAAUUUUCGCAUUCGAGGGAUCAUAUCUUGAAGAUACGCAAUUGUAUGGCAACAUAAUUCGAGGAUGGGAUAGAUACUUGACAACAAAUAAAGGAACAAACUCAAAAGCUGACAAAAGAAAUCGAAAAUUCAAGGAUAAUGAAAGAUUGUUCAGUAAAUCUUCAGUUACUUCCUCGGCCGCCGUCAGUGGAACCCUCACAAAUGACACCAAAACCAACGACUCAAGUGAGGAGGAAGACAACAUGAUAUCAACAAUCGGCAACAGUAGUGUCCAUGAACCAACAAUUAAAAUGGACACAAAGUACAUGUCAUCACAUGAUAGCGGUGACUCACUAUACCUUCAAAAUUUCAAGCAAAAAGAUUCUAAACGAUCUUUUUCAGACUCGGCAAGUCGUCAAUCGUCGGCUAAUCUGAAAUCGAGCAAAAUGAAUCCGAAUAAGAAGGCAAGACAUAAGUAGAAGAUGAGGAAGUGAGUGGACUCUGUUGUGGAUUUCACUUUUUUGAUCUGUAAUUUUUAAAUGUAAUAAUGACUAAAUAAAGGAUUAAGGAUAAAAAGCUAA